AUGGCGAUGAGACGACAGAGUUGGACAUUUGAAGUCGCCUUCAUCGUCCUCGCUGGCUUCGCUACAAGAGGCUUUUCAAAGUCGUUCACCAUCACCAACAACUGCGACUACACGGUGUGGCCAGGCGUCCUCUCCAGCGCGGGAUCGGUGGCGCCGGAGAGCAACGGGUUCGAGCUCGCGCCGGGGCAGUCGCGGACCAUGUCGGCGCCGGCGGGGUGGUCCGGGCGGCUAUGGGGCCGGACUCUCUGCGCGUCCGACACCUCAGGCAAGCUCGCCUGCGUCACCGGCGACUGCGGCUCCGGCCGGACGGACUGCGGCGGCGGCGGCGCCGCCCCUCCGGCCACGCUGGCGGAGUUCACGCUCGACGGCAGCGGCGGCAUGGACUUCUACGACGUCAGCCUGGUGGACGGCUACAACCUCCCAGUGCUCGUGACGCCGGAGGGCGCGGCGGCCGGCGGCAACUGCAAUCCCACCGGGUGCGUGGCCGACCUCAACGCCGCGUGCCCGGCGGAGCUGAGGGUGGCGUCGCCGGCCGCGGCCGCAGCCGGCGGCGGUGGCGUGGCGUGCAAGAGCGCGUGCGAGGCGUUCGGGUCGGCGCAGUACUGCUGCAGCGGCGAGUACGGCAACCCCAACACGUGCCGGCCAUCGUCGUACUCCCAGUUCUUCAAGAGCGCGUGCCCGCGAGCGUACAGCUACGCUUACGACGACGCCACCUCGACCUUCACAUGCGCCGGCACCGCCACAACCUACACCAUCACGUUCUGCCCCAGCACGAGCAGCGUUAAGGCGGCCGGGCCGAACCCGCUAAUCAACGGCACCACGGUAAACGCCGGCGGCAACGAGAGCGCCGCCGCGGCGCCGCGGCCUCCGUCGCGCCUUGUGCUCGUCUGCGUCGCGGUGUUCGCGCUCGCGCGGGCUUUCUUAUGA